AUGGCGGAGUACAACCGGCUGAAGGCCGCGCUGCUGGACAUGAGGCCCGGGGGGCGGAGCCAGCAGAGGGACAUGGAGGAGAGGCGGAGCCUAGUGGACGCCAUGUUCAAGCAUCUGGACGCCGACGAGGACGGACGGCUGGUCGGGGACGAGCUGGACCAGAUCUCGAUGAAGCAGCACCCUGAGGACCGCCUGCUGGAGUGCACCCCCCAGGACCUGCUGCGCUACGACGACUACAACAACGACCGGCACCUCAGCCGGCACGAGUUCUACAUGGCGUUCCAGGUGGUCCAGCUGAGCCUGCCGGAGGACCAGUCGGUCAGCGUCUCCACGGUAACGGUGGGCCUCAGCGCCGUCCUCACCUGCGCCAUCCAGGGGACGCUGCGCCCGCCCAUCAUCUGGAAGAGGAACGGCGUGGUGCUGAACUUCCUGGACCUGGAGGACAUCAACGACUUUGGGGACGACGGCUCUCUGUACAUCCUGCGGUGA